GACGCCCUCUGGGCCGCGCCGCGCCGCUCUGUGGGUCUCCCUCCUUCCCUCCUUCCUUCCUUCCUUCCUUCCCGGGCCUGAAGGCGGCCGGGCCUGGGCUGGCUUGCGCUCCCCGCCUUCCGGGCCGGGCUCCCCGCGAGGCGAAGGGGGCCCAUGCGAGGGAGACGGGAAGAUGACCUCGAGGAGAUGGUUUCACCCAAAUAUCUCCGGAGUGGAGGCGGAGAACCUGCUCCUGACCCGAGGCGUGGAUGGCAGCUUCCUGGCCCGGCCCAGCAAAAGCAACCCAGGGGAUUUCACGCUCUCCGUCCGACGAAAUGGAGCCGUCACCCACAUCAAGAUCCAGAACACGGGUGACUACUACGACCUGUACGGCGGGGAGAAGUUUGCCACUUUGGCGGAGUUGGUCCAGUAUUACAUGGAACACCACGGGCAGCUCAAGGAGAAGAACGGAGACGUGAUUGAGCUUAAGUACCCUCUCAACUGUGCCGACCCCACGUCCGAAAGGUGGUUUCAUGGCCAUCUGUCUGGCAAAGAAGCAGAGAAGCUGCUGACGGAAAAAGGGAAACACGGGAGCUUCCUGGUGCGUGAGAGUCAAAGCCAUCCGGGAGACUUUGUCCUUUCGGUCCGGACGGGGGACGAUAAAGGCGAGAGCAAUGACGGGAAGUCCAAGGUGACCCACGUCAUGAUCCGGUGCCAGGAAAUGAAGUAUGAUGUGGGCGGAGGGGAAAAGUUUGAUUCCUUGACGGACCUUGUCGAGCAUUAUAAGAAGAACCCGAUGGUGGAGACGCUGGGCACAGUCCUUCAGCUGAAACAGCCCCUCAACACCACACGCAUCAACGCGGCAGAGAUUGAGAGCCGGGUGCGAGAGCUGAGCAAACUGGCCGAGACGACCGACAAAGUGAAGCAGGGCUUUUGGGAAGAGUUUGAGACGCUUCAGCAGCAAGAAUGCAAACUCCUGUACAGCCGGAAGGAGGGGCAGAGGCAGGAGAACAAGAACAAGAAUAGAUACAAAAACAUUUUGCCAUUUGACCAUACCAGAGUUGUCCUUCACGACGGUGAUCCAAACGAGGCCGUUUCUGACUACAUAAACGCCAACAUUAUCAUGGCACGCUCCCCUUCCAGCCUGUCUUUCGAUUCACAGCCGGAGUUUGAAACCAAGUGCAACAACGCCAAGCCUAAGAAAAGCUACAUCGCCACCCAGGGCUGUUUGCAGAACACGGUGAACGACUUCUGGCGGAUGGUGUUCCAGGAGAACUCCCGCGUGAUCGUCAUGACCACGAAAGAAGUCGAGAGGGGAAAGAGCAAGUGCGUGAAAUACUGGCCCGACGAACAUGCCCUCAAGGAAUACGGAGUGAUGAGGGUCCGGAACGUCAAAGAGAGCGCCGCUCACGAUUACACCUUGCGAGAACUGAAGCUUUCUAAGGUCGGGCAGGGCAACACGGAGCGGACGGUCUGGCAGUACCAUUUCCGAACCUGGCCGGACCACGGAGUCCCCAGCGACCCCGGGGGCGUGCUCGACUUCUUGGAGGAGGUUCACCACAAGCAGGAGAGCAUCCCGGACUCGGGCCCAGUGGUGGUCCAUUGCAGCGCUGGCAUCGGCCGGACCGGGACCUUCAUCGUGAUCGAUAUUCUCAUCGACAUCAUCCGGGAGAAAGGAGUCGACUGCGAUAUCGACGUCCCGAAGACCAUCCAGAUGGUUCGGUCCCAGCGGUCUGGAAUGGUGCAGACGGAGGCCCAGUACCGCUUCAUCUACAUGGCGGUGCAGCAUUACAUCGAGACCUUACAGCGCCGGAUUGAGGAGGAGCAGAAGAGCAAGAGAAAAGGACACGAGUACACCAACAUUAAGUACUCGUUAGCGGAUCAGGCCAGCGGAGACCAGAGCCCCCUCCCGCCAUGUACUCCCACCCCAACCUGUCCGGAGAUGAGAGAAGAUAACGCCAUGAGGGUUUACGAGAACGUCGGCCUGAUGCACCAGCAGAAAAGCUUCAGAUGAGAACCGAAAUACCCAGCCGGUUUUUUUUUCUUUUUCUUUUUACACAAGAAAAUGAAGUAAAGCAACUUGAAAAGCGUCCCACGAGAAGUGGACUUCGACCGCUGCGUAGAGCCUUGUCUUAUUUAUGAUCUUUUUGACCCUUCAGGAAUAAGCAGAGAACUGAAGACCGUCGUCUUUCACAGAAAACUCCUGAUGCCUUUAUUCCCCCUCCCCGCCACUCUCCGAAAUGUCUGACUUCUUACAGUCAGGAGCUGUUGGCUUCCGUUCUCGAACAUAAGGUGUUUUUUUUUUAUUUUAUUUUUUUGCCGCGUGGGCAGACCAAUACUCUGUUGUACUUGAAAGUUUUCUUCCCCUUUCCCCCCCCUCUCUUUUCUUGAUGUCGAGGCUUUAAAGCUGUUCAGGAGUAGAUUUAAAAACAAAAACAAAACCCCUUAAAGGAAAAUGAAUCCUAAUUGUUAAAAGUUAACGCUCAGUUAUACCGAUUGGGGAUAAUGGUCUUUUUUUUUUCCCAAGCUGCCCUCAGAUCUCUGGGCUGGGCUCCCAGGGGGACGGCCAAAGUGUCCCCCUUGGAAUAGCAGGGCCUUCUUAGCCAACUGAUUUUAAUCAAGCCUCUAGUCCUCAUGAUGCUCCAGGUUUGGGUUGUGUUUCUCUUUUUAGAAAUGAAGACUUUCAUCUUUUGUUCUCCCCCCC